UGAUUCGUCUUAGGUCAUACUCAGUAAGAUAGAUUGGUACCCCUCCCCGCUGUGAUGUUAUAAAUAUAAGGCUGAGAGUUGCCAGCCACAGUUCGGGUAUAGUGCUCAAACAGUGCAGACAUGAAGGCAGUCACUUUUGCUAUUUUCGCGGUCCUGUUUGUGGCGGUGUCUUGCCGGCCGGACAAGCCAGACCUGACCAAGUUGAAGGCCGAGGCUGCUCGCAAGAAGGCCUGCACACACGACUGCACCUCCGUGGCCCUCGACCCCGUCUGCGCAGGCAAGCAGGGCGACAAGCCCAAGUCUUUCGCCAACGAGUGCGUCAUGAACAACUACAAUUGCGAACACAAGGACACGCUGCACAAGAUCAGCAAAGGUGAAUGCCCCGGCUCGCAAGGAAUCCGCCUGUCCUAAACGACGUGAAUAAAUCUUCGCACAUUUCCAGUCAAGUAUGCCAGCACGUUUUUUUGCGUUUCAAUCGUCUAUUAUAUUAUUGAGUUUAAUUAAAACCAUUUUCACUCAUAGUUUUAAAUUGAGAUGGGACUUCAUCGCGUAAUACUAAACGUUAGUUUGCGCGCGUAGUGUUACGCGGUUGAGUCCCAUUGCAUUAAUAUGAUUUCUUUUGAAGAUUUUCAUCAGACUGCGAUUUAAAGAUGCUGUGUUUAUUGAGUAUCUAUGCAUUUUUUGUAUUAAGCUAGCCUUGAAAGUAAUAAAGAUAAUUAUAUUUGUUUAAUA